ACGAGCAUGCGCCUUGUCAUUUUCAUUGGCCGAUCACAAUCAUAGAUAAAAAUUAUAAUUAUCUGCCAAUAUAUAUCGGGCCAUAGCUCAAAUCUUCUUCUGUGAUAAGUCUAAUAAUACAGUGCUAGUGAACUGUCUGAUGUGCAUAUAAAGUGUAAUCAAAUUAAUACAAAAUGCUUAUCAAAGAAUUUCGUGUUACGAUGCCUCUUACGGUAGAAGAGUAUCAAGUGGCGCAGUUGUACUGCGUGGCAGAGGUAUCUAAAAAUGAAACGGGUGGUGGCGAAGGCAUUGAAGUCAUUAAAAACGAACCCUUCAAAGACUACCCACUGCUCGGUGGCAAAUAUUCAUCGGGUCAAUACACCUACAAGAUUUACCAUCUUGCAUCGAAAGUGCCAGCAUUCAUUCGGUUAUUGGCACCAAAAGGAUCACUGGAGGUCCAUGAGGAGGCGUGGAACGCGUACCCAUACUGCCGGACUGUACUCACGAACCCGGGUUACAUGAAGGAGAACUUUGUUAUUUGCAUAGAGUCCCUACACUUACCAGACAGCGGUGAUCAGCAAAAUGUUCAUGAAUUGCCACCAGAGAAACUAAAAGCCCGCGAAGUUGUGAACAUUGACAUCGCCAACGACCCUCUUCCAUCAAGUGACUACAAGGCCGAGAAUGACCCAACCAAGUUCAAGUCGAAGAAGACUGGCCGUGGUCCCCUGGUCGGAGCCAACUGGAAGAAAGAAGCAACACCGGUCAUGACCUGCUACAAACUGGUCACUGCUGAAUUCAAGUGGUUUGGCCUCCAGAGCAAGGUAGAAAAUGUUAUCCAGAAGUCGGAACGGCGGUUGUUCACCAUUUUCCAUAGGCAAGUAUUCUGUUCGAUGGACGACUGGCAUGGCAUGACCAUGGCCGACAUCCGAGCCAUUGAGGAUCGCACCAAGGAGGAACUGGAGAAACUACGUCGCGAAGGCGAAGUCCGCGGUAUGCGCGCUGACAACGAGUAAAGUGCGUGCGUGUGCGUGCAUGCGUGCUAGUGUGCGAGCAAUCGUCGGGCGCGGGCCAUAGAAUAAACAUUCGUUCCGUCAUUACUAUAAAGUGCAUUUCAAAUUAAAGAUUUUGUAAAUAUUUAUUCCGAUUAAUUAUGUAAACGACGCUGUUUCCCAUUAUGUUUUUUUUUUUGCAUUUCCAUAGGAGAUAUUACAUUUAGGUAUGUGUUGACUUUAUUUGUGAAAAUUGUAUAUUUUUAGUAACAACUAUUAAUAACAAUACUUGUGAUGAGUUCCGCGCUCGACACAUUUCCUUCUGACGCUCACACAUAUGCCCUAGCCUCUGGUAGAUAAGAUUAUAAAUCAAUAUUAGAAAACAACUUUAUUAAUAUCAUAUUUCAUCAAUUCUCAUAUAGAUAUGUAAUUUUAAAUGCGUUCCCAUUAUUCAUUGGGCACGGUUAUUAAUCAAAUAAAUUAUGACUGCUGGCAGUCCAUUGAUGACAAUAGAAGAAAAUAUUAAUAAUAAUCUAAAUCUAUUUAAAUAUGCAAACACUUAGAAAAGAACAACAGACUAGUUGGAGGCGUGGGUAUAGUUUACCAUUAGUUAAAAAUGAGAUGUGGUAUAGAUACUAUUUAAAUAAAUAAUUAAAUAAGUUGAUGUAGUCAGUGGUUAAAAGGUAGUAUUGUCGUUACCUACUUAAAAGUAAUUCAUUUGACAACUACUCAUGAACAAGAAUUGGUGAAUGUUUGGCACCUAGGCCAGAUUUUAAUAAUUCACUGUAUAAUGUUCUUUUUGUUAGUUGAUCUAACCAGCCUAGACGGCGAUUUGGCUGUUGUGUAUUUUAUAAUAAAUAAACACAUAUUUAUAAGUGAAUUUGCGCAAUAGUAACCAAUUGUACUGACACGAAUGUAACUAGGAUGGAAAAUUAUUGGUGCAAUAUAUUUUAUCUAUGGCAACCCGGAGAUGCGUGCAGUUUAUGUAAUUGGGUGUUGCAAGAUGAAUAUUUAAUUACCUAUAUGGUUCGUGGGCGGUGGUUGUUUUAUUAGUAAGCGUUAUUAUUGGGACUAUAUUUAUUGGGGAGUUGUUCAAUUUGCAACACCCUCAGGUGAUUCAUGUAUAAUAAUUAUUGAUAAGUUUUGUUAUUUAACAAAUCAGUAUUUUAUAUUUGUGUGACAUUCCAGAUACAAUACCAAUAAUGUAUAUUUAAUAAACAAUUUAGGUCGAUUUGCUACUUAUCUAAUUUUGUUUUUAUUUUUAAUAGCUCUCUGUGUUAUAAUGAAUGUUAUGCAACGGUAUGCAUGCGUAACAUGCAUGAAAUGAAAUAAACCACAUGAUUACAUAUUAUCAUACACCAGUACAAUCCAAGUUAUGCAAUUAGUUUUAUAUUAAUUCCUCACAUUUACUGUAAUGAAGUCAUUUAACCACUAUUGUGUUAUUAAUGUUCCUCUAUUUUAACAAUUGCGUGACUCCUUUUCGCGAAUGUAUUUAUGCUUAUGUUGUCCAAAACUCUUGGUGAGAGUGCUGUUAUAUAUAUUUUUUUUAAUUUCAUACGGCUGCUAGUCGUCUCCAAGAGUUCUGAAUGCGCACUUUUUAAUUUUAUUUAAUUAUUGGCACAUGUUGUUUCUAUGUUUUUUUUUACUUGUUGUAACAAGUUUUACAUCAAAUACAGCGUGGUAUACAUAUUUGAGAGUAGUCUUUUAUUAGUAGAAUUUAGUCAAUUGUUCGCAACCCGCUUUUAGCAUUGCCUAGAGCUUGUGUUUUGACGUUUUUUUUACAUUUUUUUUUUAAAUUAAUACUUGAGCAUUUAAAGUACUUAAUGAUCACCUUAUAAUCACGAAAACUAGCACAAUUUUACCUCAUAACUAGGUAUCUUGUUAAACUUGAUAAAGAAAAAAAUUCUUCCCAGUCUAAAGACAAUAUUUUUCGUAGUUUGUCUUAACCCAAAAUUAUAGAUGAACGUAUAGGAUUGAUUUUAGUAACUAAAUUUGAGCUAUUUAUAUUACACGACAGUAAUAUAAAAGGCCAUUUAAAGAUUGUUAAAGCUUAUUUGUAGCAGUUACCAAAUAAAGUUAAGUACACAGGAAGAUUUUUUUAUUUUUUCAAAAUCCUUCAAAUUGUUCCUUAAUGUAUUUUGUUUGUGUUGACAUAUGGGUGCAUGUUACAAUUAUUUACUUUUGUAUGCAUAUACUCUUGUUUUUCGUCCAGCAAGCGUAAGAUCAGUAUUUUGUAGAGUUGUAUGUCCAUAGCACACUAUAUGGUAUUGGAGAAAUUGAAUAUAUAAAAUACCUAUAGAGGACUAAAUUUGUCAAUUUUAAAAUGUUUAGCUAAUUGAAGU